UAGACUAGUCGUCUCGUUCAAUGCCUAAUGCCUAUUUUGUCUCCACAUUGGGUUAUAACAUUGUUCUUUAACUAAUUAGAUUAAUUUUGUAAAUAGGCUAGUCACCUCAGCGAUGUCGAAGCGGCAAUGCCCUUUCAACGACGACCAGUCGCGACAGUUUAAACAAUUCAUAACGCAGAGAAUGCAAAGCAUUAACUCUGACCAAGCAUAUAUGGAACAAAUCUAUAAAAGGACACAUUCACUUCUGUUCGAAGGGGCGAGGAUAGCAGCGGCUGAAGCCCAGAAGAUAAAAGAUGGCAUGGGAUCUGCAACUGAUGUACCUGAUGAAGAUAUGUGUUGCGAAGAUGAAGAUAGUGAAGUUGCUCAAAUAACCGAAGCUAGUGGGUCAGGCACCCAGGACCCGUCACCUCCUCAGACGGUACCCUCUGAUCUCAACCAAAGACCCACCACACCACCGUCCGACAGAAAGCGGUUGGGAAAAAACAUCGACCCAAACUCCAAUGUUGAAAGUUCUUCAGACGAGGAAAAUUACCCUCUUUCGAUGCGUGAGGCUGGCAGGAGAAGGAAUAAGUACCGAAGGUACAUGCUGCAUCAAUCGCAAGUAAGGGAGCCAAGUCCAAUACCUUCUAGGAAAGACAUGUCUGAGGGGGGUUCAAUCCCCACUACUGAAAGGCCACGGACCCUCAGGCAGCUGUGCCUUGACCCGUUUUUCGUUCCUCUAAUUCCUGUGGAAGAACAAUCCUGGCCACCAAGACAGGGUGAAGCAGCCUAUAAUGACAGUGAGGAAAUGGAGUUGUAAGACCUCCUACAUCAUUCUACCCAAAGAAAAUGUGAUAGCCUAGCCACGAAGUGCCAUUACAACUAAUAAAGUGUAAUGAUUUGUUGAAUUUUCCUAUUGAUGCUCGAACUUAGAUAAAAUAAGUGAAAUGUGUUUUGUUUUCGAGGUUUUCUUUGGACUAGAGAGCAAGUGUUUUUGUUGUUAAUUAGGUGUAAAGCCACUACACAAGCAUUAGAAAUGAAAGUGCCUUUUGUGCAUAUUGUGGCUAUUUUUUAUACUUUUAUAAUGUGUUACUAUGUAUAAUGUUUUAUGUUUUGUUAUUAGUUUUAAGUUGAGAUGUGUCGGUUUUGGAAUUUAUUGAUUUUUGAUACUGAUACCAUUGAUGGAAUGAUAGAUAACUUAUCAAACAAUUUACCUACAAAUUCAGCCCAUUAAUUUUGUGACACAUUGUUUUGUUGAUCUUUGAAACUAAGCGUCAAUGUUAGGUGCAAGUUAGGAUUUUCCAAAUGCUUAAAAAUAAACAUUUUGUUAACAUUUAAUGUAUAUUUUAGUCAUUCUUUUGACAAAGCACUUAAUAAAUGUGAUGAGGAAACCGAAAAGGGACCUCUUGUUGGCGAUGCAAAAUUUUCAGUACGACCGACAUAAGUAAAUAAGGUCAAAAAUAUCAAAAUUCGCCAAUUCGGUUUUGUAUCUAUUGUUAUACCUCAUUUAUCAUAGAACAGGACAGCAUCGGUUAAAAUAUAGAAUCGAAUCCUUAAAAGGUUGAAAUAAAUAAUUUUGUCAGCCUCUGCACGGCCUGAGAAAAGGUAGGCCUACAAGGUCGCUCAAUAUUAUUUCGCCAUCACGACAAGAGGUCCCAUUUGUAAUAUUCACUUUGUAAACAGACUAGUCCAAAACAUGAAUUGUCCUGCAUUCUAGAG